AUGCCGCCAUCGAGGUCUGGCCUCUUCACUUUGGACACUUCCAACCCCCGAUUUUACACUUGCUGCUCAAGAAUUCAUGUGAAGGUAACGUGUACUUUUGCUUCUCUAUUUCGAAAGCCUAAUAUAUGCGGUGGGAAAGCAUUCUUCUGUGUGACUAAUGAGAAAAUGAAUGGGAAAAGAGCUCAAUGAGAAGAAGAAAACCGAUUCAUUUUAUUGCACCCCCGGAAAAACCAAUCUAGUAGCGGGUGGCAGUGAAAUUUCGUAUCGGCUUACCCCCUCAACUGGUUUGACGAAGAGUGAAAACCAAUUGAAAGUGAGGCGAAAAGGGCAAAACGAGGGUAACGCUUUUCAAUUCCAAUUCCGUGACCCCUCGACGGCCCGUUAUGUGUGAGGGGAAUUGGGUUUAAAGACAAGAGAUUAGACGGUGUCGGGGUCCAAAGUAUCAUCCGGUCGUUGUUUAAUAAUCUGGCGAAAGAAGACACCUCGGAUUGUGAAACCAGAACUUUGAUGUAGGAAGAAAGCGUCCUGAAUCAUAGGAAUUUGAAAUGUGAAAUCAGCCAGUGAUAACUUUUGUCGAUGACAGAAAGUUGAACGGAAGAGUCCAAACUAUAUGUGUUGCAGAUUGCUCUCGGCCUCAUUAUUGCUUUUCUAUCAUUUGUUGAGCUCACAGAAUGGUAUUUCUACAUUUUUGUGGAUGAAGCUGGAGAAGUUACGGAUGCCGGACAAGCAACACUUUCUGUUGGGGGAAAAAGAUGGAAACAAGAGAGUGAAUUGUAAUUUUCAGUUAUGGCAGUUGGUUUCUAUAAUUUUCAUGAUUAUUUCAAUCAUCACUGAACGAGAACAUCUUUUAAUCCCGUUCAUUCUAUUCAUGGUACCAUACCACAAAACAGGAAAAAAAACAUUCAAAAGUGUACGUUUCAGAUGUUUGUAGUCACAAGUUUUGCUUUCUGGGCAAUGCAAAUAAUGGUUAUAGCCAUUUUUCCGUACUCGGAAAGAGCGAUUCAUCUGUUUGGUUUCCGAGAUGAUCUGGACUUUGCAACACGGGAGAAAAUUUGUACCGCCAAAGUUGAAUUCUGCUGUAAUACAGCAAUUUGCAGCGCUAACUGUUCUAUCGGUUUUUGUCACAAUCACCACAAUCACGGGAUGGUUUCUUCAUGUCGGUCUUGCCUGUUACGUGUACUUCCAAAGCAGAAAUCGAGAGAGAAGAGUGAAAAUGACUGCAAGAGAAGCGGUAAUCUUUCUAAGACUAAGAUUAACUAUGAUUCUCAAAUUCAGAAGCCUCCAAUGGUACUUCCUACUGUUCAACCAAAGGCGCCCAAACCAAAAGACACCCUGUCAUUCCCUAAUGAGAACUUUUCAAUUUCCGACGAUGAGGACGAUGAGCACGAGGAAGAUAGAGUGUUUGAAAGAAAAGCAGGACCAAGCAUGGCAUGA